AGCAGCUGCAGGAGGGUGAAAACAGCUGUAAAAUACAAACACGGGUAGUUGGAGAACUUUAGAAAGAGGAGACACCGCUUGAAGCUCAGCUGGAUCCUCUAAGUAACUGUUAGAGUAAAGUUUGUAGAAGAAAAAGCUGACAGAGAUGUGGAGUCAGCAGGUCAAACAGCGAUUGGAUUCAGCAGAUGAGCAAAGACAAGAAAUACUGGAUGCUGCUUUCAGCCUAGAGGAUCGGCUGCACCCAUCAGAUGUUCAUCACACUGCUUUGGCUAAAGAAGAUGCUCCUAAAGAACAAAAUCCUGAUUCGGACCUUGAGGACCCAGAACCCAUCCAAAUAAAGGAGGAGCAAGAGGAACACUGGGACAAUCCAGAGAGAGAGCCGCACGGUGUGGGGGAGGAGACCGAUGGCAGUAGUAUGUCACUGUCACCAGUUCAAGUGAAAAGCGAGGAUGAGGAAGAUAAAGCAAACCAAACAGAAUCUAGAGAUGUGCCGAGCAGCAGCUCGGUUGACCAGAUGAAAUCAGAAACUGAUGAUGAGGACUGCGGAGAAGAAGAAUCCAGUAGGAACCCAAAUCUAAACCGCCAUGGAGACGCUUCCAACUCUUCAGAGACAGAAGUUAGUGUGGAGGAUGACGAUGAUGAUGAUGAUGAGGACUAUUCUGACUCUCAGCUCAAACCCUUGUCAGACUCUGAGGCUGAAACAGAGGAGAGUGAAGAUGACUGUGAGGAGAGCAGUAUUUCUGAGUUGGAUGGAAAAACUCGUAGAAAGCCUUGGAGCUGCACUGAGUGUGGCAAACGGUUCGUAAACAAGCGCUCCUUUCAGAGUCACAUGGAAUGUCAUCCAAAGAUAAAAUCUGAUGUGAAAGUCCAGAAGGAUCAGAAAACUUUCACUUGUGAUGUCUGUGGGAAAACCUUUAAGAGAAAAAGUCAUCUGAACUUACACACAGUAAUUCACACAGGAGAGAAACCUUUUGGUUGUAAUGUUUGUACAAAAAGAUUUGGUCGAAAGUCUCAUUUAAACAGACACAUGACAAUCCACUCAGGGGAGAAGCCCUUUGAGUGUGAUAAAUGUACGAGGAGGUUCGCCAGUAAAUGUCGUCUUAACUCUCACCAGAGGGUCCAUUCCGAUGAGAAACCGUUUGGCUGUGACCUGUGUGAACAAAGAUUUAAGGAGCGAUCUGCCGCCAACAGACAUAUGAAAGCACACUCAGGAGAAGAUCUUAUUAAACAGAAAGAGUUUGGAUGUGAUCAGUGCAGCAAAAGGUUUGCCACUAAAAGCUGUUUGAAUUCACACCUAAGGAUCCACUCUGGCGAGAAACCGUUUGUCUGUGAUCUCUGUGGACAAAGGUUUUUCUACAAGGCUAAUCUAAAGGCACAUAUAAGGAUUCACACCGGGGAGAAACCCUACAGCUGUGAUGUUUGCGGACAAGAUUUUAGAUCAAAAUCACAUCUAAAUACCCACCAGAGGAUCCACACCGGGGAAAAGCCACUGAACUGUGAAGUUUGCGGACAGCGAUUUAGUCGCAAGUCGCAUUUGACGAGACACAUGAAGGUCCACACGGGAGAGAAACCCUAUGGGUGUGUUCAGUGUAGUAAACGGUUCACCAACAAAACGGAUCUCACCUUCCACCUGAGAAUCCACACCGGAGAGAAACCAUACGCCUGUGACUUCUGUGGGAAAAGAUUUAUGGUCAAAUCGGCUGCAAACAAACACAUGAGAGUACAUUCUGGGGUGAAGCCAUUUGGCUGCCAUCUUUGUGGUCAAAGAUUUACAGCCAAGCCCAGUGUCAAGAAACACAUGAUAAUCCAUACAGGGGAGAGACCCUUUCGCUGUGAUGUCUGCGGGUAUAGAUUUAACUUAAAAACAAGUCUAGACAGGCACCUGAGAAUCCACACAGGAGAAAAACCAUUUGGUUGUGAUGUCUGUGGACGACACUUCAACCGCAAGUCCACCUUAAAUACUCACAUGAAAAUUCAUAAAGAAGGAAAAGAUGCUUAGAGAGGAAAGGAUAGUGGAAAUAUGAGUCUGAAACUCACUGAACCAAUGAACUUUCAGUUUUGAUUUUGAAAUAAUGUGUUUUGGAAAAAGGAACAAUAUUUCUUCACGAAAAAUGUCAGUUCUUUCUGAGAAUUGAUGCCUUCAAACCUGUUGAAACUUCAUGUGUGAUCAUGAGGUUGACUUAUUAGUAACUUAACCGGGGAAUUGGAUCAUUGAUGCUUUUACUGACUGAUUAGAAUAGCGCUUAAAGGUUAAAAAAAUUUGGAACAGUCCUUCCAGGAUUUCUGACUUUGUUCGAACUAAGCUAGUUGAAUCUUUUCCUUUCUGUGAAACUGUCCCACUGUAAUGUUUUUUCUUUUUUUUUGACCCCAAGAUAAUUUGUUUAUAUGUUAUGUUCUCAUUUAGAGAACAUUUGUUACAGCUUGUUACUACUACCACAAGGUGGCAGCAUUGUAUAAGCUGUAUAAUUGGUGGAAAGGUUAGCACUGAAGCCCUUUUCUUCAUUUUAACUUAUAUUUAACUUAUAAUAUUUAAAGUUAUUUGAACUUUUUAUUAGCACUUUAAUCUGGUUUUAUGUUGAACCGAUGCUAAAUUCCAGCUUUUUGGUUCAUUUCCAUAACCAGGACAGCUGUCA